UGUUGAAGGCCGUUUGUUUUGUAUAUCAUGGCGUCUUGAGAUUCUGUUUCAGUAUUUUCUAUUUUGGGCUUGCCCUUACAUAGUCCAAAUAUCAGCCGAUCUCGACCACUAGCUGUUAGCAAGGACCCUAAAGGACUGCAUAAAUCUUUUAGCAACGAUGGUAUCAACACUAGAACCUACGAGCCUUGAUGCUCCUAUUACUCCAGCAUGUAAUAAGUCCAUCAAUACUUCUGCCAUAGAUGGUUCAAUAUCCUUGUAUACAACACCUGAGACUGAAGGAGAAAAAGUUGAAGAUGAACCCAGAACUCCUCAGAAGGAAUCUACCAGCAAGAAGAAAAGCAGUCGCAUUGGUUCAAAACGAAAGCUGUUUCUUCAAAGUGGGCCUAGUGGUGGUCAAAGCAAAGUUAAGAAGAUGUCAAGCAUUCCUGUGGUAAAGCCAAAAAAGAUGGCCACUCCUGUAGCUACUUCUCCCACAGUGAAAACAUCUCCUAAUGGUUCGGCAGGGAAGGAAGGAGCUUGGCCAACCUACCCUCUUACUGAACGCCAACAGCUGCAAUAUCUGCUUGAGGUCACUGCCAAGGAAGCUCAGACAGAGCCGCAGGAAUCAGAAGAAAAUCAAAAUCAGGGACAGAUGUUUACCAGGUUGAAGAAGAAAGAUGCGAUAAAGAGGGAGGUCAAUAAUAUGCGCAUGAGUAAAAGAAAUGAGCGUGGAGAGACACUGCUUCACCUCGCUGCAAUAAAAGGAGAUACUGAAGAGACUAUAGCAUUGAUAAAAGGAGGAGUCUCUGUGAAUGCCAAAGAUUAUGCUGGUUGGACUCCAUUACAUGAGGCAUGUAACUUUGGACACCUUCACAUUGUUGAURAACUUCUCAAGGCUGGAGCUAAUGUGAAUGUUCCAGGGUAUGAAGAUAUCAGCCCCCUUCAUGACGCCGUCAUUAAUAACCAUGUGCAGGUUGUAGAACUACUCCUCAGAUAUGGGGCACACCCUGAACAAACAACGAUGCAAGGCUACACUGCAAUAGCUCUUGCCAGAUCGGCAUCUAUCUUGGAAUUGCUUCACAGUGURCAGCCUUCUUCGACAACAAUCAUGGCUCCUCCACCAAAAGAUUUUUCUCCAAUUAACUCGGAGAAAAACCUAGAUUCUAAUGAGGCAUCAAAUCAGAUAAAUUUGAUGCAGAACGAGUCAACAAAUCUGUCGUCAGAGAAAGGUUACAAUUCUGACCCAUCACAAGAAGGUGUUAGUCAAGUCUCUCCCCAAAAGUACACCUUYAUAAGAAGCAGUAAUUUAGAACAAAAUUAUUUAUACUCCAGACGGAGUUCCAGCUCAAGUACAAGCCAAAUYAGUGAUGUGGAUGAUAGUAUUGAUCCAAAACGCUUGAAUGAAUGCCUCGACAAAGCCAUGUUACAAAUGUCUUCAUAUCUAGACCCCAAGGAAAAUACCUGYGAAUUUUUGAAUCAGAGUUUUCCGAAGAGCAACCAAUCGGUUCUUGUGMAUUCUUCAGCUACUGUGAUAACCUCAAGAUCCAAAAGUCUUGAAGACAAAAAAUUAUGUGAACAACAAAAUGUAGAAAACAAGCAAAAUUCUAUAAACAAUGGACAAAGUAAUUCAAAUUUAGGAGAGCGGGAAAUGGUCAAAAGCUCUGGGCAGCAAGAGAAUGAAGCAAUGAAACAACUAAUCUAUAAAAAUCCAAUCACUGAAGAUGGCAAUUCAAACAAGGAGAACCAUCCUUCCCAGAAAAUAACACYACAGUCAGAAAAUACAAAUAUUUUGAACGAAAAUGUUGGUAAUACUAAAGUAGAUGUACGGAAUUCUAGUGAGGUGAAGAAGGGGAUACAGGACUGUUUUGAUCACAUUAAGAAUCCAACRUGGAGGAAGGCAUUAGAGAAGCAGUAUUACAGCGCUUCAAGUCUACCACUUUAUGUGCCUGGAUAUAAGAAGUUCAUGAUGAGUACUAAGUCCUACACUUURCACACCCAAGAUUCCAUAGGUUCAUGUCCUCCCUCAGAAAAUGAAAAUUUGGAAAAAACUGAACUAACGAGAAUAAAAACAGCRCAUCAAGUAGAAAGAGAGAAGCUUCAACUGUGUCUAGAGCAAGAAAUUGUUAGACUAUUUAGUAGUUUUGCUCGUAGGGCCAUAGAAAAAGAUACCCCAGUUGGUGUUUGUACCAUCAUACAACAGCAAAUGAAAUCACAUGGCAGAGAGGAUACAAAACCCAAAAAGAAUGUAGACAAGCUUUCAGGUCAGUCUAUCAAAGCUGAAGUCGAACAAAUUCUAGAGAAGUUUGAAAAACUGAAGACCAAACUUCUGAACCGUCAGAGACACGAAAUCGAUGCAAUAAUAGUGGCAAGUCACCAGAAAAUGCACAGCAGCAAACGCAACUACAGUCCGAGGGUUUUGAACUCAUGCCAGAAGGGUUUAGAGAGUAUUAUGAAGAGUUUUUGA